AUGUCUUAUCCCUACGGUCAACGCAACCAACAUCGUUCUCAGCGUCAUGAAAACCAGCUCUACCCAUUCAACACACCUCGGACCAGAACGGACUCUCGAGGCUAUCCAUCGGACGCUGCCCAAGUCAGGGUGAAACGAACCUUUCCUGGGCCGUAUGAGCCUUCUCCUCUCAACCUGGACGGUUUCAACCCGUGGAGAGACCGUACACCUCGUUAUGAAGACAGCCACACUGUACCAUCGCAGCCCACGAACGGGUAUCGAACGAGUGGUGCUGGUACGGUGGAGACCAUUUCCACUACGAGGAGGAUGAAAACUCGUCCGCGGUCUAACAGUCUUGGUGGUUCGGUUGGAUCUGUCAUGAGCAGCAGCGGCAUCAGCCUCCCCAGUGGGAUGUUCGCCAUGGAUCCUGGGGACUUUUCUUCAGCUCGAACCGGGCGUUCAUCUGGCCCCUCUGAAGUGCUUCCAGACUAUCAUCGUUACACGAAAGAUCCUCCAAGUCGUGCGGAAGCCGUUCAGUAUGCAGCCCAGCAGACCCAGCCCAGCAAACCGAAGGAGACGCGACGAGAGAGGAGCGCGUCUAACGCCACACCGUCUGUGGCUCGCUCGCGCACGGUGUCCACGGCGACGUACGGGAGCUACCACACGUCCCACUCGCAGUUCGACCAUGUACCUCGGGUCCAGCAAGCACACCCUUCCCCUGUUUCAACUGGAGAGCCCACGGUCGUAUAUGUCAGUUCCACCCACAAGCACCAUCGUUCCCAGAGUUCGCGGACCAUGUCCAGCGAAUCGCAUCGGAACCCGUCAAGCGAUAGUCAGCAGACGUUGGUAGCAUCGAGGGGUAACCAGUCGACCACGUCGCUUGUCUCUAGCCCUCUGUCACGGGAUGUUACGAAGACCAACGCAGACCCCUCCGCCUUCUUGCAUCGCCGUGUGGCUAAGAAGUCUCAACUCGACAAGCCGCCGCCUCGUCCUGAGCCAGUAGCGCCGCAGCCUCCAUCAAAAGUGAAGGUGGCCGCUCCUCCUCGUCUCGAGUGGCAUACAUGCGGGGAGCACUCGGGUUUGUGGGAUAGGCUGAGAGGAAGCCAUCAUCGGUGCACGAGGCUGCCUGUUCAGACAUACCCACCGAUCGUUUUCAAGUCAAGGGACAUGGAAAACGUCGAAUAUCGGGACGAGAAGGGUGAUACGAAGCCUCUAACCCACGGAUUCUUCGUUCACAACUUCAGAAAAUCUCAGCUGAAGCACGCGACUCGCCUUCCUUUCCAAGAUCGGGGUUUCGACGGUGGAGAAAAGUUACUGAAACUGCAUUUCUUGUGGCCUGGAUACAAGCCGUUGACAUCUCAGCUGCACCCUAUGCAGGGACAGAUGGCCUUAUCGUCUCUCGCAAACUUCGUCCAGGAUAUGGUGAAGCGGUGGUUCUCCAAGAUUGAGAAAGAUGAACGAGUGUGGACGAAUGAUCCAGAGUGGGCGCAGUGGCGCAUCGCCAACCUUCCGGAUCUCAAGGGAAUUACGUGGCGCGACCUCAUAGUGACCGCGCUGGAGCACCGGGGAGACAACGACUGGCAGGUUAUGUGGGUGGUCAAGAUUCCAGAGUGGGAGAAGAAGUAG